UUCGAUUCGUCUCCUUCGGCAUUACUCAUACGGCUCAUAUAUAUAACCCGAACCCAAGAGCGAGAGCGAAAGAGAGAGAGAGAGAGAGAGAGAGAGAGAAGGGCGCUGCCGUACGCAACACAUUAUAACACAUCAGUAGGUACACACAGACGAUAUUAUAUAGUAGUCAGUGCAGUCAGUGCGUCCGUCCGCAUAUUAUCUCGUCGCCGCUGCAGCAGCAGUCAGUUAUAUCAGUGCGUAUCCGAGCAUCCAGUGGGUGAGGUGUCCGUAGCAGCCGUCUCUUGGGGUGAGUAUCAGAGGAUGAGCCCGAGGACGACGCUUUAUCGCGAGGAACGACGCGGCAUUUUGGCUGCAGGCGCCGCGAGUUGUCAAUGAAAAUCGAUCCGUGUGUGUCAUAUCCGGGCCAAAGGGCAUCAGCCGAUUUGGACGGCUGCCCGAGGCGUUUACUUAUUGCUCUCGGGAUCUCGUUGUCGAUCACUCGAGAUCUCUCUUACUCUUACCCUGUGGCUCGAUGAGAGAGGAGGGAUUUAUUGAUUUCGAAGUGCUUGUGUGGAACUUGGUCCUUUUUUCGCUCUUGACUACUGUGUGAGAGAUUGUUGCUCGAGAGGAGAGUCAGUGGUUGGGUUGUGCGAGCAGAGGAGAGACGGUGUUCUAGAAGUUGCUGGGGUUCGGUUGAUGCAGCUUGCAGCGCUGAGCUCUGUGGAAAGAUUCUGAGGUCUAAGAUAUUAAAAGACUGAUUUGGUUGAGACCUCUGCCUCCAAAAAAACAACCACCAUGACGACAGCUGCAAAGCUUUAUGGCAAGGACCUGAGUGAAUACGAUGACGUGGAUGUUGAUGAACUUCUGGCUCAGCUUACUCCAGAAGAAAUCAACAUACUCGCCAAAGAAGUGGAUCCUGAUGACAGUUUCAUGCCCCCGUCACAACGCUGCAGUUACGAAUGCGACAAAACCCCAACUGGUCCAUUGAAUCGCAAGAAGCUGAUUGAGCACAUCAACAAACAAGCCUUGGAGACACCUGAUAUUCCUGAAUUGAAGCCCUAUGUACCAGGUGUUAUUAGAGGGAAGAAAUGGGUGCCUCCAGUAAGAGAAAACUUGAAGGAGAAAGAAGCAGAUGAACAGAUUGCUAUUGAUCUUGGUGAUGAAUAUGAGCAAGCUUUGACAAAUGCCAGUGAAGAUGAAAUUAUUGAUCUUGCAGCUAUUCUUGGUUUUCACUCUAUGAUGAACCAGGAUCAGUACCAUGCUUCUCUACUGAAUUCUGGGCAACCAGUUGGGCUUGGAUGGGAUGGUGUGACAAAGGCUAGUCAGCCAAAAGUUUAUCCAAUGGAGCCACCUAAUGAUACAGACGUUGACGAAACCAUCAAGAGAGUUCGCGAAGACGAUCACUCGCUGCUUGAUGUCAACUGGAAUAAUAUUAAGAAUAUUUCGGACGAAAAGUUCUUCCAAUUAUUCGAAGCUUUGGAGAGUAACACACAUCUUGAAACCCUCAGUUUAACAAACACGGGACUAACGGACAAGACUGCCCAGAGAUUGGCCGAGGCCAUGGAGAAGAAUUCAACUCUACGAGUACUAAACGUUGAAACAAAUUUCAUAAGCCCACCUGUGAUAGUGAAACUUGUCAGAGCCCUCCUCAAGACCAAGUCUAUCGAGGAGUUCAGAUGCUCAAAUCAGAGGUCUCAAGUGCUGGGUAACAAAAUCGAAAUGGAAAUCACACAACUCGUAGAGCAGAACCCCACGUUACUUCGACUUGGCCUACACCUCGAAUUCAAUGACGCAAGACAUCGGGUGGCAGCGCACCUUCAGCGAAAUAUCGAUAGGAUUUGCCGACUGGAAGUGCUACUGCGGAAGCAAAAGGAGCUGGAAGCAGCUUCGCUAGGUGGCAACGUUGGUGGCUUCAUCGGUGGCGGGGCUCCAGGAGCUGCACUAGGUGUAGCUCCGGGGCCUGUUUCACCAGCCGUUGCUCCCACUGAUCGCGCUUAAUGACCCAAGUCAGGGGCUUACGGCAGUCCCGGCUCGGGGUGGCGACAUCCUAAUGCAAUGUGGCCUGUCUCGCCUAGGUAUAUUCACAAUGUACGACUACUUUUUACUUUAGACACUCCUGCACCGCUGUAUAUAUAUAUACUCAAGUUUAGCACACAUAUGCAACAAGCAAAAAAAAAUGAAACUAAGAACGAGAAAGCAACCACACGGUUAUAUUAUUAAUUACUACUAUACACAACUACUAUAACUGCUAUUGAUAUAUAUCGAUUAUGAUAAUUAUUAUUAUUAUUAUAUGCAAUUAGCGUGUACCGGGCAUCGAUCGACCGGAUUAAAAGACGAAUGCGUCAAAGCUGUUGUGCGCACGUUGAGACGCGACGACCUCGUACUAUAUAGUUAUAGCUAUAUAAACUCAUAUACAUAUACACUCACUCACACAAUGCACACGUAGAUACGUGCUUCCUUGUUCUGUUCUAACACCCAUGUACCAAGUUCAGUUUUUGUCUGACGCAGCAGAAGGAAAAUCGAUGCGAAGAGCGCCGGACGACGCAAGGAAGUACGUGUUCGAGAUAUAUAGCGUCGAGGACGUGUGGAAACGUUGUGCUUUUAAAUGUUUUUUGUCUCAAGUCUAUUGGCGGUUUUAAAAUGGUUCUCAGUUUUUACACCCCCUCGAUGCUUUGGUGCAAUUUUAAGUCUUAGGCAUAUACCUAUAGUGAAGGUCAUCGUCGACGGCGAACAAAAUAUGUCAACGCACUGAUUUUGAAUUUUCGACGCUUAUACUUUUUAUUAGAUGCAAUAUCGUGUACUGUCGUAUUUCACGUAUGUAGGUAUAAGGGCGUCGACGCUUACCGUUCGUUUGAAAUUACUUUUACUCCGUGAUAAAACGCGAUUUUAACACUUUUAACUGGGAUAGCUUUUAACAGGCGUGAAUUUUAAUUGUGCAAAAGAUAGGUUGAAAUAAUAAUCGAAAACGACGAAGUCCCGGCUUUGACACGCUUAUUAUAUACAUGCGGCGAGCGACAAACUAACGGCAAGGUGUACAAAAAUAUACAAAAGUUGUGGAAGAAUGUUUUACGUUAAAAGCGCUUGGCUCGAUAUACCUGGGAAGAAGCUGAAGAGAAGAACAAAAAAGAGCAUAUAUAUGUGUGUGUGCGUCUGCGUUGCGAAUUUUCCACUGUGUUUUUCUGAAAAUCGUGGUGUAGAAAAACUGUUACGAAACUGCCAAAGACAAGCCGUGGCUCGUGAGAGUUGAAAAACAAAAAGCCAAGCACGUUCCGUCCUUAUUUUCUUGUGUUCCGUGUUACACGGGAUAAACGAAAUUUCGUCUCAAUUUUUUUUCUGCAAUGUCUAUCGUGGUGUACUCGUUAAUAUACAUGUCUUCGUUUCUUGCUGUCACUGUCGUAUAUAUUAUACUGUGUGGCGUCUUGUCGAGUUCGACGAUCGUUGUUGUUGCGCAAUGAUGGAAAAGAUGUGGGAGGAAACGCUAAAUAUUGUAAUAAAGUCGACGCACGUGUGUCACGCUCUUUAUAAAAAAAAAAAAUUAUUUUUUAUUUUUAAUCAUAAUAAAUGUCUGUAAAUUUUGCACGUGUCUUUUGGAACUUACAUUCAGAAAAGAGUCCUGCUGAGAAUGAAGAGAAGGUAAAAAAAUGAUGGAACAAUAGAUAAGUCAAGUAUAUAUUAUAAUCACACACGCUACUUUGCUCAACUAUACAAGACUAUACAUUAUUUUGCACAAACUACGAGAUAAAUUCAAAGUCAAUCGCGAAAAGGCUUAUUUGUGGAUUUUUGGCGUUUGUUUCUGAAUGUAAAGUCAAAGGUAAUCAAAUUAUUAUUGUAAAAAUCGCCAUUACUAAUACUAGUGCAUACAAAUAAUUUUAAUCUUGUACACCUAAGUGCAUGCUUGUAACUUGCGUUAUUGAUUUUAUAUAAGUCGGAGUACUGUAAUAUGCUUAUUAUUAUAUUAUUAUUACUAUUAUUAUAUUAUUAAUUUAAUUUUAUUAUGAUUAUGAGUAUGAUAAUUAUUAUUAUUUUUAUUAUUAUGACUAUGAUUAUGAUUAUGAUUAUUAUUAUUACUAUUAUUAGUACUAUUAUUCAAGCGAGAGAAUUGUCUAUACGUCUAUACUUUACAUUGCGUGAAGAUUAUAUUAUAAUCCGAGGAAAGAAAACAUUUUAUAACACUUUUAUCGCAGAAUAAACGUAUACGUUGUUCAUGUCGUGUAGAUUAUUUGUUGUUUACUUCUUUUUUUUCUUCCAAUAUUUGAGGACAAUUUUUUCACACAAUGAAAGACAAACACAUUGAAAUAUGGCCUAUUCAUAUAACUUUGCAGAAAUUACAAGGACUAACCAAAGCUAUAAUGUAAACUGCACUGUAUGUAAUUGUUUUAGUCAAAAGUACACAAAUAUACAAAAAAAAAAAUUAAA